AUGGAACGCGGACCCUGGCCAGGCCCUGUCGUCGCGGCGGUACUAGGUGAGUUCAGGCCGCCGCCAUCGUUCCUCAGGCGCAUCAGCCGCGCCGCGCCCCGCCCCGCGCCACACGCAGCCCGCGCCCCCGCGCACCACACGUCCGGCCAAAAACGGAGCGUUGACGCUUGUUUCCUGGCAACGGUCGAACGCAGGGGCGGAGAAACAGACGGCGGUCGGAGGAAAGAGUGCCGCUUCUCGUCCAGGUCCCACCCCGUAGCACGGAAGAAGCUACCUGUCUUGGAUCCAUCUGGGGAUUACUACUACUGGUGGCUGAAUACCAUGGUCUGCCCUGUAAUGUAUAACCUCAUCAUCAUCAUAUGCAGAGCCUGCUUUCCUGACUUACAACAUGGUUACCUGUUGGCCUGGUUUGUGCUGGACUACACAAGUGACCUCCUGUACCUUCUGGACAUCAUAGUGCGAUUCCACACGGGAUUCUUAGAACAGGGUAUCCUGGUGGUGGACAAAGGGAGAAUCGCCAGUCGCUAUGUCCGUACCUGGAGCUUCCUGUUGGACCUGGCUUCGCUCCUCCCCACGGAUGCCCUCUACUUGCAGUUGGGCCCACACACGCCCACGCUGAGGCUGAACCGCUUUCUUCGUGUGCCUCGCCUCUUUGAGGCUUUCGACCGCACAGAGACCCGCACAGCUUACCCAAACGCCUUUCGUAUCGCCAAGCUGAUGCUUUACAUUUUUGUUGUCAUCCAUUGGAACAGCUGCUUAUACUUUGCCCUGUCCCAGUACCUGGGUUUUGGGCGUGACGCAUGGGUGUACCCCGACCCAGCGCGGCCUGGCUUUGAGCGCCUGCGGCGCCAGUACCUUUACAGCUUUUACUUCUCCACGCUGAUCCUGACAACCGUGGGCGAUACACCGCUGCCAGCCAGGGAGGAGGAGUACCUCUUCAUGGUGGGCGAUUUCCUGCUGGCUGUCAUGGGUUUUGCCACCAUCAUGGGUAGCAUGAGCUCUGUCAUCUACAACAUGAACACUGCAGAUGCGGCUUUCUACCCAGAUCACGCGCUAGUGAAGAAGUACAUGAAGCUGCAGCGUGUCAACCGCCGGCUGGAGCGGCGAGUUAUAGAUUGGUACCAGCACCUGCAGAUUAACAAGAAGAUGACCAAUGAGGUAGCCAUCUUACAGCACCUGCCUGAGAGGCUGCGAGCAGAAGUGGCUGUGUCCGUACACCUGUCUACUCUAAGCCGGGUACAGAUCUUCCAGAACUGUGAGGCCAGCCUGCUGGAGGAGCUUGUGCUGAAGCUGCAACCCCAGACUUACUCACCAGGCGAAUAUGUAUGCCGCAAGGGGGACAUUGGUCGAGAGAUGUAUAUCAUCCGAGAGGGUCAACUGGCUGUGGUGGCAGAUGAUGGUGUCACACAGUAUGCUGUGCUUGGUGCAGGGCUCUACUUUGGGGAGAUCAGUAUCAUCAACAUCAAAGGGAACAUGUCUGGAAACCGUCGUACAGCCAACAUUAAGAGCCUAGGUUAUUCAGACCUGUUCUGCCUCAGCAAGGAAGACCUGCGGGAGGUGUUGAGUGAGUAUCCACAAGCCCAGGCUGUCAUGGAGGAGAAGGGUCGUGAGAUCCUGCUCAAAAUGAACAAGUUGGAUGUAAAUGCUGAGGCAGCUGAGAUUGCCCUACAGGAGGCCACAGAGUCCAGGCUAAGAGGCCUUGACCAACAGCUUGAUGAUCUACAGACCAAGUUUGCUCGCCUACUGGCUGAGCUGGAGUCCAGUGCACUCAAGAUUGCUUACCGUAUCGAACGGCUGGAGUGGCAGACCAGAGAGUGGCCAAUGCCUGAAGACCUGGCUGAGGCUGAUGAUGAGGGUGAGCCUGGGGAAGGAACUUCCAAGGAUGGAAGGGGAAGAGCCAGCCAGGAGAGACCCCCAGGAACAGAAUGAUUCCAUCUCUGUCCCCAGGAUACCCACCUUCAAGUGAAUCCAGAAUUGUAGGAAAGCCUGCCUGCAGAAACUCUGUCAUCUUGUUUGCUAGGUCACAGAGAUGGGAGUGAAUUGGUUUGUAGAUGCCCAGCUAGAGAUGUGGGGGUAUAACACACUUUCAUUCCCUCACUCACCAGCACAUGCGCGCGCACACACACACACACACACACGCUGGCCCAGUACUGUGUAUUCCAUAGAAUAUGCUGUAGACUUCCUAUUCUCAGAGCACAUGCUUUUUCACAAGCAUAGAUACAACUUACAUCACAGCAUAUAUACACAGUCGUGUACCCCCUAAACAUCUGCUACAGUCAUACAUCAAUAGACACAUAGAUAACUGCUCACAGGUGCGCACAUUGCUUGUGAAAACACAAAAGUACACCCAGAACCUUCUUGGUCCAAGAGGUCCUCUGAAUGCUCCCCAUAUGGGAGGUUUGCAAGUGUACGCUGCAAAUUGCACUUCAAUAAAGUAUUUGCCUCCUCAUAAGCAUUUAUGGGACUAGAAAGAAAAGACAAAGCCAGUGGUGGGCCAGAAUGAAUUCGUCUGAAUUCUGAGUCACAGGGGUAAGGAGCACAGAUGUGUAGUAGCUGGUAGGUUAGGUUCAAAAAAGUUGGGGUACUUAAAAAAUAGUGUACUGAGGUAAGGGAAAGUCAUGCAUGACAUUGCUUGAAGUGUACAUAUCCUUUCAUAGAUAUAUUCACAUCACAUGCUGGUCUUUGCAUCCCACAUCACAGUGUAUGUCCUCAACUUUAUGAACUCUGAGGGGUUUGAUCUAGUUUAGUGAGCCAGACCUUCUGGAAUCUGCAGCCAGGGCUUCCCUGCAUUCGGGGUUGUUACAAAUGGGAAAUAGUUCCCAGUACCUGUACCUGGCUCUUCCCUACCCAACCAGUUGUUGGAGCUGACCUUGGUGCUGUCAGAAAUCCAACCCUCCUACAUUGCAUGAUAUUCACAAAUAUAGGAUACAGCGAAGAGACUAGGUGGAGUGAAAUAUCAUAGAGACAAUUAGAGAUGAGUAUGUUGGGAGUUUUGGAGUAACUUUGGUGUGCUUCGAAGGAGGGCUGCUAGUUUGGGGCUGGGAAGGCAUUGAGUCUACAGAGAAGUCUAUCAGUUCUGAAUCAUAUUCACCCUGAGUCACCACUUCAGCUCCUCCAGAAUAUGGUGGGGCUUCAGGUCUGAGCUUUGCCAGGUGAUAUAUUAAAACAAACCUGGGGCUUAACUUCUAGGUAUAACUGAGUGGUAAAUUUCUACUAUCAUGAGAGAUUAUGAGGGUCAUAGCCCUUCAAAUCAUUUAAAAAUAUGUAGAUAUUUUGUGAUUUCUUCUUCAUAAAAUAAUAAGAUUCAUAAGCCUGGCACUAGGUCUGUCCUGUUCAUCUCUGUAUUCCCAAGGCCCAAACCGUACCUGGCAUAUAGAGACACAAAUAUUUGCUAAUCAGAGAGUUGAAGCACAUAGAGGUCAAAAUUGUAAGAAAGUAUGUGUCAAUUUCUCAGGAGGUUUCACUUUUUUCCCACAUUUUUAAAAAUCAUUUAUUUUUAAAUUUUUUACAGAUUGCAUUUUGAUUCAUUGUUUUAUUGGUACAUUAUAGU